ACUCAUUGUUUUAUGUAUGCAUUUUGGCGUUAUAUGCACAUCAUUCUGUGAUUUCUGCUAAGAGCAGAACUGUACAUUCUUAUCCAUCCUCUGUAACUGUAAUUUUGGAAAACCAUGCUCCAAAACCACGUGAAAGCUAAAAGCAACUAAUUUUAAUUUUAUUGAGACGCAUUUGCCUAUAUAUAUUGAGAAGAAGAAUCAAAUCCCUAAAAAUUCAACAAACACAGUCUUCGCAAAAAGCAAAUCAAACCUUCACAAUCUUGUAUUAGAAAAAUGAGUUCAACAAGCAGAGCAUGGGUUGCAGCAGUAAGCGUAGGAGUGGUAGAGGCACUAAAAGAUCAAGGAGUUUGUCGGUGGAAUUACACAAUCAGAGCCAUAAAUCAGCACGCAAAGAACAAUCUACGCUCAUAUUUACAGGCCAAAAAGAUGUCUUCUCAAUCUUCUUCUUCUUUGGUUUCUGGUAACAGUAAAGUGAAGAAAUCUGAAGAGUCUAUGAGAAAAGUCAUGGAUUUGAGCUGUUGGGGUCCAUAUUAGCAGUUAUAUAUAAUUACUAUCAUCUUUCUGUACGUAGGUUUUUUUUGACAAUAUUGUAAAUGAUUUUGAGAGCUUCGCCUAAAUUGCCCAAUCAAUGGGGAAAAAAAAAUUCUGCAAUCCCAAAUAUCUGGAAAUUAUACUUAUUUUUAAAAUAUUA